GAGGAUGUGACUUUAUUGUGACACUUGAAGUCACAAAAAUGAUCCUAAACUACGCUGUUCCUCUCUUUUACACGAGACUCAUGUGCAGUGGCGGAGUGGAACUUUAUUCAAGUACUGUGCUUGAGUACAGUUUUGAGCUCAUCAUCAUCGCUAGGUGGGUGGGGGCCUCACCGACAGCCGGCUUACAAAAAAGCCUCCCCUCUCGCCCUCACUCUCGCUUUCAGCGGCGUUACGCAUGCACCGAUCCUCGAGCCCCCCUCUUCCGCAACUCGCCCCCCGGGACGGCCCGAUUGAGAGCAGCAGCGGCGGCAGUCAUGAUCAGAAACGAGGCUUUCUCCUGUUUCGUCUUCUACGGCGUGCUUCUGGUGGUCAAGAUGUACACCAUAGCGAUAGUAACGGGGCAAAUCAGGCUGCGUAAAAAGGCUUUUGCCAACCCGGAGGACGCGCUGAGACACGGAGGUUUACAGUUUCACAGAGAGGAUCCAUCUGUGGAAAGAUGCCGGAGAGCUCAUCUGAACGACCUCGAGAACAUCCUCCCCUUCCUCUUCCUGGGUGCCAUCUACUCCCUGACUGGGCCCUCACUGGCCGUGGCCCGCCUCCACUACCUUGUCUUCUUUGUGGGCCGCGUGCUGCACAGCGUCGCCUACCUGUUCGCCCUGCGCGCGCCGACCCGCUCUCUGGCCUACGUCGUCGCACAGAUACCCUGUGUCUCCAUGGCGCUGCAGAUUCUCGUGGCGGUUGCGGCGUAUGCCUAAGUGUCCGGGAAUGAGGGGCCGAAGCGGAGGCGGUGCUCUGGCUCGGAAAACGUCGGCUAGGAUUUGCGGCCUGUGUCAGGAAAAGCGCGCGGAUGACACCGAGAGGCCUCCCGGGAGGGAGGACGGAAAAGACAAGAAUGUCAGUGAGAGUGCAAUAUACCGCAAGGUGUGUGAUUAUGCCAAUGCUGGGUUUUGUCAGAUUUUGUCAGUAUUUUUAUUGUUCUAUUUACAAAUGUGAGAAUGUUAAAAGUUUAUUGAAGUUGACAUGUUGUACUGUACUCGUGCAUUUAAAAUGCAAAUGAAGGUUAUCGCUCGCUUGGUUUUGCUUCUUUAAAACCAGGUUUUUUUGAAAUGAUGACGGAAUUUAAAACUCACUCACGGUUAGCUGUAGACAUUUGGCUCAAGCCACUCGCGAAUAUUUUCGUGGCUUCAUCUGUUUCCUGUGUGGUUAUUCCCUCUGCUGUGUUAACAUUCGAACGCAACCUUCAGCUAAAACCUUAAAUGGGUGUUGGCCUGAUGACCGAUGAUGUGCUUAAAGAUUUCAAUAGGAUUCUGUGGAAUACAAGUUGAUGCUUUUGCUGUGCGAGUUAAAACUGUCUCUCAACUUCCUUCCGAGGAAGAAGAAAGGAAAUC